CGCCCGGGUGUCUAACAUCAUCGUCAUCAUUAGCAGUCGGUGCUGGAAGAUGUCAGAUAGCGGGGUAGGGACGCAUACACGGCGGGGAUAGCGACCGAGAGAGCCGGGCUUCAGAGAGAAGGAGGGAGCGGGCCGGGGCAGAGGGAAGCGCAGUACUGCGGGGUACGCGGCAAACCCCGGAGAGGGAGAGACACGGCCCAAGAGCUAGUGUUGUUACGAGAGAGAGAGAGAGAAAGUAAUAAAGUCGAAAUAGAGACAGCGAGAGAGAGCCCGUGCUCGUUCUUGACUCGGGUCACCAGAGCAGAGGGUUAGGGAUCGAAUCUGGUUCAGAAGAGAGAGACAGGGGGAGAAAGAGAGAGAGAAGUUCUAUAAAGAAAGGAUCCGGGAUCGACGCGGCGUGUGUCCGGUAUCUUGACACGCCUCGUACGAUUGCAGUUUGUUUAUCGCUGUGCUGGAGAGAAAGAGGUAUCGCCCACUCGCACACUCUUCUGUUUGUGGACGGAGAUCGGUGUAUCUCUGAUGUGGAGGAAACUUCCACCUGGCUGCUCCUGGUUGUGUGUGCUGGGUAUGGGGGUCUGUCGGGAUCAGUUCACCGUGCAGGUACGGUAGUGUGUCGCGGUCAAGCGGAACAUGCUGUGUGUUAUUAUAACCUGCAGCUCCCUUCGGCCGGACAGCAUUGACCUGCUUGUGUGUUUACACCAGCAAGCGCUGUGAUUCACACGCGGUGACGUGGCCCGCUUCUCAUUAUUAUUUGUGGUUCUGUUUUAUACCAUACUGACGUUUGAAGUGUUUGGUUUCUUUUCAGUUCGAGAGAUUUGCUGAAUGCAAAUAGGAUUAGGUAGUUAAACAGGUCUGGUCAGGGUCUGUAGUUGCAAUAAGCCAGGAAGCGCUGAUCAGAGUGCGCUGUGUUUACUGAGAGCGUUCAUUAUGAGAAGUAACAGGCGCAGCUCGGAGCGUGCGCGCUGCUAGCACGUUACACGCCAGUCUUUCUGAUUAAUCACACUUAAACUACUGCUUCACUGCAAGCAAACCGCGCUCCUUAUCGCGCCGACAGUAUCGAGGAGUCGGUGCGCUGUAUUUAGGCGGCAUCGGAAGGAAGGCACGGCGAGCGUGUUGCUGUGUGUUUACAAGCCGGGCUCAACACAGAGAUCCCGGCGGAGUCUGUCACACCCGCCCCGCUUCAGAGGUACCGCUCUGCAGUCUCAUCCCCGGGUCCUGUUGGAAGCGAGCAGGGAGGCAUUGCCAUGACAGCGCCGCGAUGCCGUGCAGGGUGGCUGGGGAGCACGGUGCUGCUACUGGGAGCCCUGCUGGGACUGGGACACGCCAUGACCAAAGAGGAGAGACACAAACUCAGGGAUCAAGUAUUGGAGAUGUUUGACCAUGCAUAUCAAAACUACAUGGACCAUGCCUACCCCGCAGACGAGCUGAUGCCUCUGACCUGCCGGGGCCGGGUUCGAGGGCUGGAGCCGAGUCGAGGGGAUGUGGACGACGCGCUGGGCAAGUUCUCCUUGACGCUGAUAGACACAAUGGAUACUCUAGCGGUGCUGAAUAAGCCUGUGGAGUUUGAGGAGGCAGUGCGGAGGGUUCUGCGUGAUGUGCGGCUGGAUAACGACAUUGUGGUGUCUGUGUUCGAGACCAACAUCCGAGUGCUGGGGGGUCUGCUAGGCGGGCACUCCAUGGCCCUGAUGCUGCGUGACGGGGGACGCUACAUGCCCUGGUACCAAGACGAGCUGCUCAGCAUGGCCAAGGAGCUGGGGCUGCGCCUGCUGCCUGCCUUCAACACCUCCAGCGGACUGCCCUACCCCCGGAUCAAUCUGAAGCACGGUCUGCACAGCCCCGAGUCCCGCACCGGCACGGAGACAGACACCUGCACCGCCUGCGCCGGCACCAUGAUCCUGGAGUUCGCUGCCCUGAGUCGCUUCACUGGAGAGCCGGUCUUCGAGGCGCACGCGCGCAGAGCCCUGGACUUCCUGUGGGAGAAGCGGCAGCGCAACAGCAACCUGGUGGGAACCACGAUCAACAUCCACACUGGAGACUGGGUGCGCAGGGACAGCGGUGUGGGGGCUGGAAUCGACUCCUAUUACGAGUACCUGCUGAAGGCUUACAUCCUACUGGGAGACGACAGCUACCUGGAGCGCUUCAACACUCACUACUCCUCCAUCAUGAAGUACAUCAGCCAGCCUCCGCUCCUGCUGGACGUGCACAUCCACAAACCCCUGCUGAACGCGCGCACCUGGAUGGACUCGCUGCUCGCCUUCUUCCCAGGACUGCAGGUGCUGAAAGGGGACAUCAAGCCGGCGAUCGAGACACACGAGAUGCUCUACCAGGUCAUCAAGAAGCACAACUUCCUGCCGGAGGCCUUCACCACAGACUUCAGGGUGCACUGGGGCCAGCACCCCCUGCGCCCCGAGUUCGCUGAGAGCACCUACUUCCUGUACAAGGCCACAGGAGACCCCUACUACCUGGAGACGGGGAAGACCAUCCUGGAGAACCUGAACAAGUUCGCCCGAGUUCCCUGUGGCUUCGCUGCCAUGAAAGACGUGCGGACCGGCAGCCACGAGGACCGCAUGGACUCGUUCUUCCUGGCUGAGAUGUUCAAGUACCUGUUCCUGCUCUUUGCUGACAAGGAGGACCUGCUGUUUGACAUGGACCACUACCUGUUCACCACUGAGGCCCACCUGCUGCCCCUCUCGCUGUCCACCUGCAACCACACCGGGCCCCGGAGGAACACGACUGCCCAGGAGCUGCUGGAUCUGGCUGAUCUGGACGACAGUAACUUCGACUGGUCCUGCCCCAACACACAGGGGCUGUUCCCAAACAACCCUGCCUUCGCACGCAGCAUCCGAGAACCAAUCCAGAACGCGGUGGACAAGAGCUGCCCCCGGCCCGGCCCCCACGGGGACUCUGGCCCUCAGCCCCCCCUCCGAGCGAGGGACUUCAUGGCGAACAGCCCUGAGCAGCUGGAGCUCCUGCGCAGGAUGGGGGUCAGUCUGAUCCACCUGAAGGAUGGCCGAGUGCAGCUGGUGCAGCACGCCACGCAGGCUGACAGUGCUGUUGAUGCGGAGGACGGCUUGCGCUUCAUGCAGGAGAUGAUCGAACUCUCCAGCCAGCAGCAGAAGGAGCAGCUCCCCCCUCGUGCUGUGCAAAUCAUCUCACACCCCUUCUUCGGCAGAGUGGUACUGACCGCGGGACCUGCACAGUUUGGGCUGGACCUGUUCAAAAGCAGUGUGGGGGCGCGGGGCUCUGUGGCACUGACCGAGCCCUUCAAUGGCUGCUCUGAGGUGACCAACCCAGACCUGCUGGCCGGGCGCAUCGCUCUCGUGCAGAGGGGCCAGUGCAUGUUCGCAGAGAAGGCAAGGAGCAUCCAGCGAGCCGGAGCCAUAGGGGGCAUUGUCAUCGAUGAUAACGAGGGCAGCAGCAGUGACACGGCACCCCUGUUCCAGAUGGCGGGGGAUGGGAAGAGCACUGAUGACAUCACCAUCCCGCUCCUCUUCCUCUUCAACAAGGAGGGCAAAAUCAUCCUGGAUGCGCUGAGAGAGUACAGAGAGGUGGAGGUGCUGCUGUCUGACAGAGCCAGGGACAGAGGUGCUGACACGGAGAGUCCCCACUCUAAACCAGAGGAAUCCUGCUCUGCUGCGGAGAGGGGGGAGUGUGCAGCCAGCCUCCCCCCGUCAGGCACACAGCAGCAGGAGGCUGUGGACACAGAGACAGGACUCCAGCGGGACACUGGCCAGGACCCAGAGUCCAUCCUGUCAGACUGGAGAGAGGAUCUGGAGGCCUUCCAGCAGAUGGAAAAGGAUGAGCUCUGACCACCCCUCUCCCAGGAAAGCAUGUGGUACGAACCAGAACGAGGCAGAAACAGCUCACUCGGGGAUCGUUCCAAAAGGACUCCAGAAAGGGGGGGAGCCUGAGGGAACAUGAACACUGUCUUCCAGAGGAGGAUUAGAAUAUUCUGUGUUUAUUGGACAGGGAGUAACUGAUAAAAAGAAAAUCCAAACGCAGGAACGGGGGGGGGGGGGAGGUUCAGGACCUCGAGCUGCAGCACCGUUAAACAGAUUCUAAUUAAAUAUUUUUUAGAUAUAUAUAUAUUUUUUUUUGAUUAUCAUGGGCAGGGGUCUCCAGCCCUGUUCCUGGAGAGCUGCAGGGCGUCUGGUUUUCAUUUCCACCGAGUUCUCUGUUACUUGAUUGAACCGAUUCACGUCUUAAUCAGUCCAGAUUAACAUGUUCCAGAUGUUUAGCCAUUGCUGAUGUAAAGGCAUCUAGAAAGCCUGCAGGACUGGGCUGUGCAGGACCCGGUGGAGAUCCUGCUCCAGGGUUUCUAAUUGGCUGAACAGUGGAGAUGCUUCAUAGAUCCCAGUUUUCUGUUGAUUUUGUUACUUUUCUGUUUAAUUCCGAGUGAGUGAGUGAGUGAGUGAGUGGGUGGUCUGUGUGCUGACUCAGUGAUGCAUUCAGUAUACAGGGCUGCUCUGUGUGCUCAGUGAUGCAUUCAGUAUACAGGGCUGGUCUGUGUGCUCAGUGAUGCAUUCAGUAUACAGGGCUGGUCUGUGUGCUGACUCAGAAGACUGAGUUCCAUGCAGGAGCCAGCCCCCUAUGAAGGCUGGGAGUGGACCAGACGGACCAGACCGUGAGCUUCCCAGGUCUGUCUCAGCUGUCCAUCUGGACUCCAGUCCAGUCCUUUGCUGGGUGAGCUGGCAGCGGUGUGACGGUCAUGCUUCACUUUCCCAGGGUCUGUCGGGAUCGUUCUGCACACAAGAAUAACAAUCCAUUCCCAGUCUCAUUUUUAAUAGGCUGUUUUGUGCAUUGGAGCUGCCCACCAGCAGAGGUCAGUGUUGUCUGUUGUGCAUUCCUACCUGGCAUUGCGAGAGAGUGCUGUCAGUGUAGGACAGGGGCAUUCAUCUGCUGUAGAUUUGUAACUAGGGGAGGGGUGGGUGCUAACCUUGCUAAUAAGACUUGUUAUAUAUUUGUAAUUAGAGGGGUGUAAAUUGCUAAAAUGUAUAUUAUUAUUAUUAUUAUUAUUAUUAUUAUUAUUAUUAUAGGAUGUUGUGUAUGAAAUACUGUCGUUAAAAGAACAGGUCUAUGACAAAGGAAUGUGAUUUCUUAUUUUAUUUCAAGGGGGUAUAAGUGAGCUGAUGGGAUAAAAUCCUAAUGCUGCUUCAUCAUUUCAAUAGUGUCUAAUGAGGAAGCAGCAGCAGCCCCUGUCUAUCACCUUCAUCCCUGUGCCAACAAAGAAAUAUCCAUGCUAUACAUGUCCCUCAGGGGUGGAAAUAAGACUCCCAUUGCAUAGCAGUCUGAUCCAUUCCUGGUUUAAUAAAACACCCCUGAGCUUGUUACCUACACACUGUGGCUACUCAAGCUCCUAGUAAAACCUGGAGUGGGUGAAUCUGCUGUGCUUCCAUGGCUGGUAGCUGACCCUGUGCAAUGUGAUCCCUGGCAGCCAGGCUUCUCCUGCAGUGUUUCAGAGUGUGAGGCGAGCUCCCUGAGGGACUGUCCACAGUGUGCUCUGCUCCACUCAGCCAGGGCUGCUCCAGUCCAGGUCUUGGUUCCAGCCACACCUCCCCGAAUCCCUGCACAGAUCCUGGUAAUGUUCGAGACAGUGCAGAGCGCUUUGCUCCUGGAAACGUUUUGUUAUUUGGAGCUCUGUUUACUUCAAAGGGUUUACUCUGAUCUUUUAUUUCUGGUAACUCCUGGUUUUGAAAACUCUUUAUUUUACAAAACUAGAACAAACAGUGCGUGAUAUAAUCCCAGUUCAGCACCUCCCGCAGUGUGUGAUAUAAUCCCAGUUCAGCACCUCCCGCAGUGCGUGAUAUAAUCCCAGUUCAGCACCUCCCGCAGUGCGUGAUAUAAUCCCAGUUCAGCACCUCCCGCAGUGUGUGAUAUAAUCCCAGUUCAGCACCUCCCUCCCGCAGUGCGUGAUAUAAUCCCAGUUCAGCACCUCCCGCAGUGCGUGAUAUAAUCCCAGUUCAGCACCUCCCGCAGUGCGUGAUAUAAUCCCAGUUCAGCACCUCCCGCAGUGCGUGAUAUAAUCCCAGUUCAGCACCUCCCUCCCGCAGUGCGUGAUAUAAUCCCAGUUCAGCACCUCCCUCCCGCAGUGCGUGAUAUAAUCCCAGUUCAGCACCUCCCGCAGUGCGUGAUAUAAUCCCAGUUCAGCACCUCCCUCCCUCAGUGCGUGAUAUAAUCCCAGUUCAGCACCUCCCUCCCGCAGUGCGUGAUAUAAUCCCAGUUCAGCACCUCCCGCAGUGCGUGAUAUAAUCCCAGUUCAGCACCUCCCGCAGUGUGUGAUAUAAUCCCAGUUCAGCACCUCCCUCCCGCAGUGCGUGAUAUAAUCCCAGUUCAGCACCUCCCGCAGUGCGUGAUAUAAUCCCAGUUCAGCACCUCCCUCCCGCAGUGCGUGAUAUAAUCCCAGUUCAGCACCUCCCUCCCGCAGUGCGUGAUAUAAUCCCAGUUCAGCACCUCCCUCCCGCAAUGCGUGAUAUAAUCCCAGUUCAGCACCUCCCGCAGUGCGUGAUAUAAUCCCAAAAUGAAAACGCUGCUGAUCGGCAGGGUUCUAAUCUGGAAGGGGGGGGGGUGUUCACUAGUUUUGUAGAAACUCCAAGUCUGUUCUAAACAGGGGGAGCACUACAGAUAACAGAAGUGAUUAUUUUUUGUUUAAUGCAAAACAUUUUGAAUUUGAUGUGUGUAUAAAACCUGAUUUAUUAUUUCAAAAUUGCAGAGAAUGUUUGUAUUCCUUUCUCAGAACUUUCCUUACCUUUUAUAAAUACUGUAAUUAACAAAGCUGAAUUAAAGGAAAGUCGUUUCAAUGAAA